GGGCGCAGGGGCGGGCAGAGUCCGGGCAGACUUAACCCCGGAGCGCUCUGCCCAAGGGAGGCGCGGGCGGACGCCCGAGCGCACAGAGGCCCCCUCUUGUCCAGCAGUUUGCACCUGCCCAGUGACCAUGAUCGGUACGUGGUGCCUGUCAGUGUUCGUGAGGUUCAACUCCAGCCACGGUUUCCCAGUGGAGGUGGAUUCUGCCACCAGCAUCUUCCAGCUCAAGGAGGAGGUUGCUAAGCGACAGGGGGUUCCAGCCGACCAGCUGCGCGUGAUUUUCGCGGGGAAGGAGCUCAGGAAUGACCUGGUGGUGCAGAGCUGCGACCUGGGCCAGCAGAGCAUCGUCCACGUGGUGCUGAGACCCGGGAGAGAAGGCCCCGCGGUGGCCGCUGGCGGGGACCGUCCCCCAGGCACUGCGGGGGCCUUCGCGAGGGAGCCCGAGAGCCUGACCCGCGUGGACUUCAGCAGCUCCGUGCUCCCCACCGACUCCGCGGGCCUGGCCGUCAUUCUGCACGACGACAGAGAGGGCGCUGCGCGGACAGCGGGCAGACCAGCAGGUCGACCGGCCUACAACAGCUUCUACGUCUACUGCAAGGGCCCCUGCCAGCGGGUGCAGCCCGGGAAGCUCCGGGUGCGGUGCGGCACCUGCCAGCAAGCCACGCUCACCUUGGCCCAGGGCCCGUCCUGCUGGGACGACGUCCUGAUCCCGAAGCGGAUGAGGGGUGAGUGCCAGUCGCCAGGCUGCCCCGGGACAAGCGCGGAAUUUUUCUUUAAAUGUUCAGCGCACCCGACCUCUGACAAAGAAACAUCAGUAGCUUUGAACCUGAUCACAACCAACAGCCGGGGCAUCACCUGCAUCACGUGCACCGACAUCAGGAGCCCGGUCCUGGUUUUCCAGUGCAACCACCGCCACGUGAUCUGCUUGGACUGCUUCCACCUGUACUGCGUGACCAGGCUCAACGACCGGCAGUUUGUCCAUGACCCGCAGCUGGGCUACUCGCUGCCGUGUGUGGCCGGCUGCCCCGACUCCUUGAUCAAAGAGCUCCAUCACUUCAGGGUCCUCGGGGAAGAGCAGUAUGGCCGCUACCAGCACUACGGCGCCGAGGAGUGCGUGCUGCGCAUGGGCGGCGUGCUGUGCCCGCGCCCCGGCUGUGGCGCUGGGCUGCUCCCCGAGCCCGGGCAGCGGAGGGUCACCUGCGAGGCCGGCGGCCUUGGCUGCGGGCUCAUCUUCUGCCGCGACUGUAAGGACGCCUACCACGAGGGAGAGUGCAGCGCCCUGGCCGCCGCCUCAGGGACAGCCGCUCAGGCCUACCGGGUGGACGCCCGGGCGGCGGAGCAGGCUCGCUGGGAGGAGUCCUCCCGGGAGACCAUCAAGAAGACCACCAAGCCCUGCCCGCGCUGCCACGUGCCCGUGGAGAAGAACGGCGGAUGCAUGCACAUGAAGUGCCCGCAGCCCCAGUGCCAGCUGGAGUGGUGCUGGAACUGCAGCUGCGAGUGGAGCCGCGCCUGCAUGGGUGCCCACUGGUUCGACGUGUAGCUGCCGCGGGCCCGCCGUCGGCGCCGGAGCUCCGUGUCCAGCGGCGUCUGCCCCUCUCCCUUUCUCCACCCACACACACACGCACGCACACACAUGCACACACGCACAUUCGCACGCACACACAUGUGCGCACACAUAGGCACACACAUGCACACAGUUCUUUCCAAAAUGACAGCAGCAGGUCUGGGCAGCUCCCCGCCUCGCGUUGAUUGUGCCGGGAAAUCCAGCAGCACGAGGUCUCGGUCUGGGCCGCGCACAGCAGCGCGCAGACGGCAUGAGCCGCCUCCCGGAGGCCUGGCAUCUCGGGAGCUCCAGGCCGCUGGGAGGGACGGAGCCGUCUCAGGGUUAACUCCCCGCGCUCCACCCCGGCCGGCGCUGGGAGGAGCGAUGGUGGGAGGUGCCGAGCGUCUGUCUCGGUUCUAGGCCGACGGCCACAGCCCUCAGGCCUGGACUCGCCGCCCACGCGAGGCUCCGUCUUCCCACGGAAGCGCAGCAGCCGCACCCGGUCCCCGGGUUUCCUUUCCGCGGGGAUGAGUCUCCUGCUGCACAAAGCAGGUGCCGCCCACGUGAGGAGCCACGGGGUCGACCCCGCUGAGGAGUGUAGAUCGCAGGCAGAACCCACACGCGCUGUGCAUGCCGCUUCAUUAGGAGCCAUUUCGGAAACUGUUUUUCUGAAAAUGUUAACAAACUUACCAUUUGAUCAUGGACAUUCCUGCUGCAGCGUGGACGACAAGCCAGUCCCGCCGGCUGCGCGUGGACAGAAUGGCUGGGUGCCCUGGAGGGGGCGGUCAGCGUGGUUCCCAGCGACCCAGUGUCAGGGACCAUGGAAACAGCCUCUCUCCCGUCUCCCGGGGCGUGUCCAGGCCCAGCAACGUGAG